UGCAGCACCCUCACACCCCGCAGCCCACCCAGGACCAGGUCCUCCCAGAAAAGGCCAGCUGGACGAUGUCCCAUCGGCCCCUCUUCUCAGGCAAACAAAAACCCCGCCUGGGCUACUGCUCUGUCUCCACAUUGUGGGGUGACAGCGUGGUGCCCUAACUCCGACCUCAGUACUCUUGCCUUUAGAAUGCAUUGCAGGGCCAGCUGGCAGUGCGUCCACCCGAGGCCGGCACCCCUAACCCAUCUCAUGGUCUCCUGGCCCUCAGCCCCUGUCCUCUGUACCCAGGAGUCCCAGGCAACCCCAGGGCUCUCUUCGGGGUGCAGAUGAAGGGGACCUCCCAGCCCUGGCCCACAUUGGAUUUGGUGGAACAAGAUGGCAAUGGUGACAUGCCCAACCUGAGUUUCUACAGAAAUGAGAUCCGGUUCCUGCCCAACGGCUGUUUCAUUGAAGACAUUCUUCAGAACUGGAGGGAGGAGUACGAACUCCUGGAGGACAAUCACCACUACAUCCAGUGGCUGUUUCCCCUGCGGGAGCCAGGGGUGAACUGGCAUGCCAAGCCCCUCACAGUCCAGGAGGCUGAGGCAUUUCAAAACUGCGAGGAGGUCAGGGAGCGGCUGGUUCAGGCCUACGAGCUCAUGCUGGGUUUCUAUGGGAUCCAGCUCCAGGACCGAGCCACGGGCAGAGUGUGCCGGGCACAGAACUACCAGAAACGCUUCCAGAACCUCAGCUGGCACAGCCACAACAACCUGCGCAUCACUCGCAUCCUCAAGUCCCUGGGUGAGCUGGGCCUAGAGCACUACAAGGCGCCUCUGGCCCGCUUCUUCCUGGAGGAGACACUGGUGCGCCAGCAGCUGCCGGGCGUGCGGCAGAGCGCCCUGGAUUACUUCGUGUUCACCGUGCGCUGCCGCCACCAGCGCCGCGAGCUGCUGCACUUCGCCUGGGAGCACUUCCAGCCCCGCUGCAAGUUCGUCUGGGGGCCCCAUGACAAGCUGCAGAAGUUCAGGCCAUGUUCUCCGCCCUGCUCACCCCUGCCAGCUGGCCGCCGACAGGCCAAGGGGGAGGACAGCCCGGGGGACCCCCUCCCCGAGGCCAAUGCCCAAGGGCAGAUCUGUGGGCCAAAGAGGGAUGAAGAGGGGGAUCAUGUGGCUGAGGGCCCCCAGCCGCCCAGCACAGAGUCCCAGGAGGCCGGAGCCUUGGAGAGGGACCAGGUAGAUGAGGCCGGCGUGGAGGAGGGGCCCGAGUCUCCAAAUCUCAAGGAGAGCAAGAAGAGGAAGUUGGAGGUGAACCUGCGGGAGCAGGCCCCAGUGCAGCCGGGCCCGAGCGCCUCGGAGGUGGAGAAGAUCGCCCUGAACCUGGAGGGCUGUGCCCUCAGCCCGGGCAGCCUCAGUGCGGGGACCCAGGAAUUGGACAGCCAGGCCCCGAGGGAGGCCGAGCAGCCCUGCCCGCAGCCCGAGGGGGCCAAGGUAGCCGACGAUGUGAGGAAGCGAAGGAAGGUGGACCAGGGUGCCAGGGAUGGCACUGGAGUGGCAGCCAGUGAUGGUCCCCUUACUCUGUCCCCCACCUGGCCCCCUGCCUCCCCAGGGUGCCCUGAGGCCGAAGAGGGUGAGAAUGGGGUCAGAGAGGAAGCAGAAGGCCCAGCAGGGCCAGAGCAGGGUGCCCCCGGGAGCCCCACCCCUGCAGGACCCCCGAUGGGCAAGGGGGCUGAGCUGGCAGCAGAGGCGGGGCCUUCUGUGCAACCUGGGAAGCCUUAAGGAGAUGGGACAUGCACAGGCGACUCAGCUCGGCCCUGCGCCGGGCCCGGGCGCCAGGUUGCCGGCUGUCCCCUGCUCCCAGCUGUGCUGGCUUCUCCCAGGUGGUCACUGCAGCAGCUGCGGCAGUGCUGGAAGGACGGACCCCGCCCUCGGGGAAGGCCAAGGACUUCAGGGUCCUUCUUACCUUGACUGCACUCCCCGCCUUCUCCGUCUUGUGCCACUGCUCCCCAUCUUUAUAAAUAGGCCCCUAAUGGUCGGGAGUGGGGAGUGGGGGCUCAUUUUCUUAGUCUGGUGCCGAGGUCUUUUGUGAAUAAAACUUGUUUGACUUUGA